AUGGGGGAUCAGGGUGUUUUAGGUGUUAAUGUUGGAAGAGAGGAGGAGGAAGAUGAGUUUUGCAGUUGUUGUGGAGAUGAAAACGAGGAAGCGUGGAAAGAGACUGAGGAGGCUCUGGUGGGAGGGUUGAAGGACGAACUUGAUGAAUUUUCAGUGAAAAUGUUCUUCAAGGGGUUGUCAAUGGCUGGGUUUGAAAAUCCAAGUUCUGGGUUUUCUGGAAUUGGAGUUGUAAUGGAAAGGUCACCAGGGCUUCCUGCUAUAAGGGUGCAGAAAAAACUUGACUUUUAUGCGGAGGAGUCUGUGGUUGACUACUUGGCACUCUUGGAUGGUUUGCUGGAAGCUGUGCGGAAAAAGAUCCGCAGGGUUUAUGCUUUCACAGAUUCUGAGUUGUUGCAUGAUCAGAUAACAUUUGGGAAAAAAAUGGACAUGCCUCUUUUGUUGGCAUUGAGAGAAAGGAUUCUGGAACUUACCAAUAAUUUUGAAGAUUUUGUUUUAAAGCUUAUACCCUCUACUGAUCUUGAGCAGCCACUGCAUUUUGCCAAAGUAGCUAUUGGACUAGUCACUUUCCCCAUAAAUGGUGAGAGAUUGCUUAAGAAUUGUUCUAUUUGCUGUGAUGACAAGCCAGUGCAAAUUAUGAUUACCCUGAAAUGUUCGCACAUAUUCUGUUCACAUUGCCUGAGGGCCUAUGCCGAUGGUAAAGUACAAUUAUCUCAAGUUCCUAUAAAAUGCCCUCAACCGGGGUGCAAGUAUUGCAUCUCUGCAACUGAGUGCAGGUCUUUUCUUCCAUUCACCUCAUUUGAAUCCCUGGAGAAAGCCCUUUCCCAAGCGGAUAUUGACCAUUCAGAUAGAAUUUAUUGUCCAUUUCCAAAUUGUUCUGUUCUCCUGGAUACUCUUGAAUGUGUAUCAGCUAGAAGUUCAUCUAGUCAGUCUGACAAUUCUUGUCUCGAGUGUCCUGUUUGUAAGAGGUUUAUCUGCGUGGACUGUAAGGUUCCUUGGCAUUCUUCCAUGAAUUGUCUAGAAUUCCAGAAUCUGUCAGAAGACGAGAGGGAUGCUUCUGACAUAUCCUUGCACCGUCUUGCUCAAAAUAAGAGGUGGAAGCGUUGUCAGCAAUGUCGUACAGUGAUUGAACUUACUCAAGGCUGUUACCACAUGGCAUGCUGGUGUGGUCAUGAAUUCUGCUAUUCUUGUGGUGCGGAAUACCGAGAAGGGCAACAGACAUGCCAAUGUGCAUAUUGGGAUGAAAAUAACUCAGAAAACUCAGUGGCACACUCUCUUCAAGAAUCAGAACAAUGGGCAUGGGAGACAUUCAACUCUCUUUCCAUGAUCGUGGAUGCAUACUCGGACCAAGAAAGAUCACAGCUUGCGCUGAUUCAGAGGUUUCUGGCCGGCGGUUUCAGCCUCAGUGACCACAAUCCUUACCAGUCUCCUCCUCGCUGUACAGAUUCCUAUGUAGACCCCAUGAAGGAUCUACAUCAACUUCCAUGGCUAGAGAGAUUUGUGUCUGUGAUAAGUGACAACUACUACGAAGAUUACAUUCAAUGAAAACUGUGAUAGAUCAUAGACUUUUCUACCUAAUAAGUUCAUCAACUUUCAAUCUCAACUCAAGUUUUGAGAGGUUGCAGAAGGAGUUUGUGAUUCUGUCCACUUUUCAUCAAGAGGUGUUCCACAUUUACAUCAUGGAAUUUCUGUAUGUUGUUCCACUUGGAUAUCUUUGACCUAAGGUAUAUCUUGGUGAAGAAUCUCUUCCUUUAAUGAAAGAGAAAAAAAGGGGAAACUUGGAAGUGAAAACAUCUUUGCUUCUUUUUUGACUGGGAAGAAUAGUGUUAGUCAAAUUUAAAAAAAAAAAGAAUUCUAGACUUUUAUUUUGGUCACACCCUUUUCCUUGUUAUUGAAAAUAAUGUUAAACAAACUACUUGGUUGGGUUUUAUAGUUAAACUUUUUUUAGUUCUUUCA